UUCUCAUUCAUGAUGCACAAAAUAGUUUGGACCGACCUUUAAGUUUGUUGCAAAUUGGUAAUGGACUAACUAAGAUGCCCAUUACUUACAUGAUGUUUGCCUAUAUUACUUUGAAGCAUUGCUUUUGUAGUUGUGAGUUGUAUGAAGAUCUCUAGCUAUUUGCAGAAACUAUAAAAUCUGAUUCCAUCUCUAUCCUUUUGUCUAACGAUCUUGUAUGGGAUUAUGUUUAGUGGUAGGGAAAAAACCACAUCCUAAUUCAAGAAACAGCAUUUCAUACAUACAUAUAUAUUUUUACCUGGAUAUUGGGUAGAGAUAAUAAAUGGAGAGAUAAAAGAUUAUGGUUUGCCCAAAAUUAUGGCUAGUUUAAGUUUUUUUUUUUUUUUUCACUAUUUCAUCUCUUGCUGGUCUAAUAUGCACUUCCCAUUGAUAGAGCAGACUGGAGAAAUAAGAUCCAUUAAUUGAUCCAUAAGUAAUUGGGAAAAGCUCAGUUAAGGUGUGUGGAGUUCAAUCUUUUCAGUUGCUUUACCACAUAACGCUUUUAGAGCUGCAAAUUUGACCGCAGUCUAUAUUUGUUUUGAUUUUUCCAUUAGUAGAAGUUUUGUCAUGACCCUAAGGAUUCCCCAAGGAUAGAUUAGUAAAUAUAAUAGUAGGAGUUUACAUUUUUUUUUGUAUUUUUUGUUGUAGGGCUUUGUCUUUAGCUAAUAGGUAGUUGGGUUGUUUGUUACAUUGCACAUGGGUGUAAGUGGAGGCUGUUAGGCUAUAUAUAAGCCACUACUGAGGAUGGAAGAAUCAUGCUUGAAUUGUUUGAAUGAAAUUCUAAUUCUCUUGCUCUACAAUUCUCUCCAAUCUCCCUCUCGUUGCUCCCUACUGCUCUCCCUCAUUUCUCUCUAAAUUCUUUCCCAUUUCUAUCCAAUUUCCCUCUCCCAUUACUCCGUUCUUGAUCUUAGGCCCUGUUUGAUUGGCCUCAUUUUUCAUAGAAAAUGGUCAUUUUCCACCCAAAUUUCAGUUUUUGAUGUGUUUGAUUACUCAAAUUUUCCAUGGCAAAUGAUUUCCAUCUUUUGGUCAUGUGAGCCUCUUUUCCCACUUUUGCUGGAAAAGAAACUCCCAUGGGGGGGAGGGGGGUUGGAAUUGAUUUCCAUGGAAAUGGAAAAACCCACCCACCAGCAGCUAGCCUUCCCCUUCCACCAUCGCCCAUCAAUGGAGAUUUGCAGCGACGGCUAUCGAUGACAGCAAAGGCGUGGGCGGUGAUUGGAGAAUGGUAGCGGUGGCGGCCAUUAGUCGUGGGCGAGUAGCGACAACAGCCAUUGGCCAUGGGCCAUGGGCGAGCAGGGACGACGGAUGUGGCCCUAGCGGCGGCGAUGACUGUGGCAAAUUUCUAUGGGUAAUUUUGGCUCAAGAACGGACACUGUUUUCUGUGGUGUUUUUGAUGGUCAUGGUCCUUAUGGUCACAUGGUCGCAAAGAGAGUAAGAGAGUCCCUCCCCAUGAAACUGAGUGCAUACUGGGAAGUUAAGAUAAAGAAUGAUGAAGUUGUCAGAGAGCUCAGCCUUAAUACCAAUGGUAGUGCGAUCUCUGAAGGUACUUCUAUUGUUCUUGCUGAUGAAGAAUCCAAACCUUUGAUUGAUUCUGAAGAAACAGAGAAGCAGACAGAGAUCUUUCUGACAUUGAAAGAGUCCUUUCUGAAGGCAUUCAACGUCAUGGACAAGGAAUUGAAAAUAUACACAAACAUUGAAUGUUUUUGCAGUGGGACAACAGCAGUAACACUAGUGAAACAGGGGCAAUAUCUUGUGAUUGGAAAUGUUGGGGACUCAAGAGCUGUACUGGGAACAAGAGAUAAAGAUGAUUCUCUUAUUGCAGUUCAGUUAACAGUGGACCUCAAACCAAGUCUCCCAGUUGAAGCGGAGAGAAUCCAAAAAUGUAGAGGUCGUAUUUUUGCCCUUCAUGAUGAACCUCAAGUUGCCCGAGUUUGGCUGCCACAUGAUGACUCCCCUGGACUUGCCAUGGCUCGGGCUUUUGGAGAUUUCUGCCUUAAGGAUUUUGGUUUGAUCUCUGUGCCUGAAAUUACUUGUCGAUGUCUAACUGAGAAGGAUGAGUUCAUCGUCUUGGCUACAGAUGGGAUUUGGGAUGUGCUUUCAAAUGAAGAAGUGGUACGCAUUGUAGCUUCUGCCCCAGCACGUUCAUCUGCAGCUCGAGCUCUUGUCGAGUCUGCGGUUGAAGCUUGGAGCUGGAAAUACCCUACUUCCAGGGUUGAUGAUUGUGCUGUGGUUUGCCUCUUCCUAAAUUCAAGCUUAGACACUUUAUGUACUGCUUCAAAUGCCAAAUCGGAAGAGAAGGUAGCUGCGCAAAGCAACAUUGCCGGUGACUAGGAAGAUCCUUAUGUUCCAUCUGGGGUAGAUCGGCCUGGAACCUACUCGAACUUUUGAAGAAAGAAGCUUAAAAAAUGCAUACGGACUCGGGCAAAGAGCGGUCUCCUAGAGCAAGUUUUCCGUUGGGCAAUCGCGCGGGGUGGGCAUGAACAUAGAGUAUCCUCACAGACAAGAGGCUGAGAAACAUGAAUUUAAGUAGAAUAGUUUUGCAAGGGUUCUACUUCAUUCAUUGAUUUUGUUUUUACAUGGUUCUAGCUAUGCUGCUUUCUGUUCAUAGUUUAGUUUAUUCUCCAAUGCUUCUUCCCCAAGUCCUGUCAAGUCUCAAGACUAAGUGUUUUUGAGUUAUGUCAAAUGUCUUAGUAUAGUACCUGCACUACUAAGUUAAGAUGGAAAGGCAUGCAUGUUUGUUCCUAGUAUUGUAUUAUUCUGUAAUGCUUAUUUAAUUCAAUUGUCAAUAAAAGCUUCAUUCGCAUCAA